UAGCGAUAGUGUUGCCAGACUGAACGACAAAGAAAUGUAAACAAAGUGUAAUGUUAUUUGUCGGUUUCCGUUGAAGGUUUCAGUAAAUUCGUAAACAAUGCGUCUUAUCAGUCACUGCGCCUUUUGCUGUCCUGGCAACGAGCGUCAUAGUAACCGCCGCACACGAAGUGGAGCCCACCUACACUGAUUGGAGCGCUAGAAAAUUCCUGCACCUGGACAUCAGCAGUUAGUUAGUUGUUUACGCUACGUGACUUCGGUUCAGCGCCUAGUUGUAGUCAACGUCACUACAAAUGUCGCAUACACGCAUUACCACCGCCUAUGGAGCCCGACCGUCACACGAUUAUCAUACAAACUCCAUAGCGCUGAAGCAACGUUCCAAAUCCGCAAAUCCACCGCAAUUAAGACCGUUCAGUGGCAUACAGGGUUCGCGACCCCGUUAUGUGCCACCGUUUUCGAUACAAUCGCAGCAAAAAAACACGGUUGUCAUUAAUGGUCCCAUUCACGAGGCGCCCGUUACGGCAAGCGCACGGGGCAGAGCGCCGAAUCCGAAGAGCUUAAAGAAACAACACAAAUCCAUUUCGACAUGCAAUUUGGGUGCCACUUUCAACGCCUGCACGCCCCCCAAAACUGCUGGGCGUGGCACAUUGUUUCGCAUGUAUUUCGAUCGCGGCGAUUUGCCCAUCAAAAUGGAAUACCUGUGUGGAGGCGAUAAAAUUGGCUGGACGGUGGACAUUGACAAGCUGGACUACAGCCUCUACUUGCCGCUGUUCUUUGAUGGAUUGGCCGAACCCAAACAUCCCUACAAGACCUAUGCCCGCCAGGGUGUCAGCGACUUGCUGCUCGCCGGCGGAGAGAAAAUCCAUCCCGUAGUCCCGCAAUUAAUUCUGCCAUUAAAGAACGCAUUGAGCACUAGAAAUUUGGAGGUAAUGUGCACGACCUUGAAAAUCAUACAACAGCUGGUCAUGGCCUCGGAUAUGGUUGGACCUGCCCUGGUGCCCUUCUACCGACAACUGUUGCCCAUGUUCAAUGCGUUCAAGGUGAAGAACUUGAACUGCGGCGAUGAGAUUGACUAUGCGCAAAAGAACAAUCUGAAUCUGGGCGAUUUAAUUGACGAGACGCUUCAAGUGCUGGAGCUGCAUGGCGGCGAGGAUGCCUUCAUCAACAUCAAGUACAUGGUGCCCACUUACGAGUCAUGCUACUUGAACUGAGCGAAAUUGAAAUUUUGGCGAAUUGGCUUUUUCUUACACGUGUUUUACGCUUCGUAUACUUAAUUUAUUUAUCAUAUCAAGAGUAUUUAUUGAAUUUUACAUAGAUGCGAAUGAUGCAAAGUUGCCUUGAUUUGGAAUUUAAUAAUUGAAUAUAUGUGUGGGUAUAUAUAGGUGAGUAGUAUAGAUUGAGAUUAUAUAUGCAGGUGUGCUAGCAACCAUUUGUUGCAGCAGCCAAUGCCACAGGAUCCUUGUGGCAAGGCGAGGACGGCGCAACAGCUGUAAAGGCAAUAAGAAAUAUAGCUAGAGAAAUCGGAAGAUGUUUCAGAGAUACUUACAACUGUUGCGCCUGUUUUUUGUUCAGUAUUUGGGCGGGGCAAACUCGUUCUUCUUCACAUUGUGGGGAGAGUAGCGAUUGUAGAGACCCCAAAUGGAAUUCAUCAGCUUAUCGUUGUAUUUGACCGGCAAAUACUCG